UGUUGCCCUAAUCCUUCUAAAACUAGGGUUUUCCUUUUAUUCACUAUAAAUAAGAUUUCCUCUUCAAUUUCUCUUUUUAUUUAUUUUAUUUUCCUCAGCAAAGGAAAAAGAAUACCUAAAUCUCUUUCUCUCGCUCUCGAUUCCCUUUUUCGGACUACCUAACCCUAAUCUUCAAUUGAGAUUUAUUUGUUAUAACUCCGGUUUAACAAAGUGGAGGGUGUCAAGUUCCAAGCCUUUAUGUCUGAACGGGCCACACUCUUUUUGGGAUCUGUUGGAUUGCUUGGUGAAUAUUGUCCUAGAGGAUUUAAGCAUAGAGACUUUGCUGCUAAUAAAGUUUGCUGUAUGCAUUUAGAGCCAUUUCAGGAUUUUACAGAUUCUUCAAGUUGCAAUUUUCUGCGACCUCCAAUUACCAGUGAACUAGAAGAAACCACUCUCACAGAAGAAGCUUACCGUUCUCUCUAAUAUCACACUCUAUACAGUCUUAAAAGGAUGGCGAUGCAGAACAUAGGUGCUGGUAACAGUGAUGAUGCCUUUUACAGGUAUAAGAUGCCAAGGAUGUUAACAAAGAUUGAAGGUCGUGGAAAUGGUAUCAAGACUAAUGUGGUAAACAUGGUUGACAUUGCAAAAGCAUUGGCUAGGCCUCCGUCAUACACCACCAAGUAUUUUGGUUGUGAGCUUGGAGCACAGUCCAAAUUUGAUGAAAAAACUGGAGUUGCUCUUGUGAAUGGUGCCCAUGAUACUGCUAAGCUUGCUGGUUUGCUUGAGAACUUCAUUAAGAAGUUUGUCCAGUGCUAUGGAUGUGGGAACCCUGAGACUGAUGUUAUCAUCACCAAAACUCAGAUGAUCCAACUGAAAUGUGCUGCCUGUGGUUUUGUUUCUGAUGUUGACAUGAGGGACAAGCUCACUACUUUCAUAAUCAAGAAUCCGCCUGAGCAGAAGAAGGGAGGAAAAGAUAAGAAGGCAAUGCGUAGGGCUGAGAAAGAAAGACUAAAGGAAGGUGAGGCUGCUGAUGAGGAGCUUAAGAAGCUGAAAUUAAAAAAGAAGGAUGCUUCAAAGGCUUCCUCUUCCAAGAAGAAGACAGUCCUUCCUGUUGAAGAUCGUCAUUCUCCUUCUGGUAGUCAGGCUGAUGACAAUGAUGCGGAUGAGGAAGAGGAGGAUGAUGAUGAUGAUGUUCAGUGGGCUACUGAUACAUCAUUGGAAGCAGCUCAAAAACGUAUACAAGAACAAUUGAGUGCCGUCACAGCCGACAUGGUUAUGCUUACCACUGCUGAGGCCGAGAAAGAAAAGCCUAAACCUGCUGCAAAGAAAGUGGUAGCUGCUAAUGGUUCUGCCACUACUGCCGUUAAUGGACCUGAAGCAAAAUCUCCCACUGUAACUGAGAACGGUAAGUCAGCUAAUGGCGUUGGUGCUCACGAACAACUAGUUGAGAAGAUCCAGGGGAAUCUGAAGGGUUGCAAUGCUGGACAGUUGAAAUCCUUUUUGGCAUCACUGAAUGGUGGUUCUUCUCCACAGGUUGUCAUGAAUGCCCUUAUUGAUGCAUUGUUUGGAGGUGUAGACAAAGGGUUCUCCAAGGAAGUGACUAAGAAGAAGAACUACCUUGCUGCUGCUACUCAUGAUAAUGAAGGAUCGCAGAUUCUUCUUCUGCGAGCUAUUGGUGCUUUCUGUGAAAAGUCUGGCCCCGAGGUUGUGAAGGAGGUGGCUUUAGUUCUGAAAACACUUUAUGAUGAAGAUGUGUUGGAGGAAGAGUACAUUGUUCAGUGGUUCAAUGAAGGGAUUGGUGCUAGCAAAAAUUCUCAGAUCUGGAAGAAUGUCAAGCCCUUCAUUGUCUGGUUGCAGAGUGCUGAAUCUGAAUCUGAGUAGAGAUUCCGCUGCUUAGGGAAGCAGAGUGGGUGUUGGCUCCAGGUUUCACCUUAAUCUACUUGUUGAAAUACUGUCAGUCUGGUUCUAUGUACUCGUUUUAUUUGUUUUAUGUUUGAUUUGGUUAUUAGUAGCUGCAAUAAAAUAAUAAGUCAGGUUACUAGGAAGAUGGAGAAAUUGUGAUGGUGGUUUACCACUUUGGCAGUUUAGCUCCAUUCAGAGAAGACAAUUCUGAAUAUUUGUUUGUUUUUGUUAUUUAUCAAGUGAAUUGUGGCUUUUGAAUUACAGAUGUUUUCCCCUUUUGGUA